UUGUCUCAUUUUAUUCUCUUUCAGUCUUUGGCAAAAGAUGCUCGCUUUGAACAAAUAUGGAAAAGAAGGAAGGGAAACAAAGGGACAGAGUCAACACAUGAUAAAGAAUUACAAGAAAUAUGCAACUUCUAUGACAUUGUUCGCGUUGACAAUGAAGAGAAAAAGAAGGAAGUGCAACAGCAAGAAAUCUCAUUGGAGGAUCAAAGACUUCUGUCUAGUUACCUUCCUUUACUGAGAGAAUUUAUUCCUAAUGCGGCUGAAGAGGUUGAAGCCGAUUUGAUUGCUCAUUUGAGUGGUCAUUCCAAAGGAGAGAAUUAUGUGUAUGACCUAUACACUGUGACGGAUGAGAUGGAUAUAAACCCAGAAGAUACUUUAGCUUCUUAUCCACUUGUUCAAGUUGAGGAGGAGGAGGACUAUUAUGAUGGCCCAGAUGAUUCAGAUUAUGAAUCUGAUGACUCAAAUGCUGAAAACAAUCCAUUGAAUGAUUAUCCGGAUGAGAUUUCUGAAGAGGAUGAAGAAGAGGUUGAAGAUUCCGAGAGUGAAUCAGAAGGUGUAAAUGGCGAUGCUAGUAACGAAUCAUCAAACGAGGAUACAGAACAUCAUGGUUUUUCCAAAGAUGAUGCUGAUCCAUAUGAUGAGGAUUUUGAUGAGUAUGAAGGUGUUUGUAAUGAUGAAGAUGAAGAUUGGAGGUGGUCGUGCCGAUGAAGUUGACUUUGUUUUAUUUUGCUGUUUGAUUUUGUUGAAGGAACGAAAAUGUUGAUGUUGAUGUUAUAUCUAUGGGGUGGGGUUAAAGUUUUGAACAAAAUCAAACUUGUGCAGCGGCCGUCGAACUAGAUAUUAUUAAAGUGUAAUGCA